UUUCUUAAUAGCAUUGCUUUAAAACUCAAAAUUUUUAGGAGAAAGAACGUAUACGAUCACCAAAUCUAAGAGUAUAUUAAGAGAGCUAGCUGAGGAGGUUAACUUAACAUCCAAGAAUUUUUUAAUUCUUUAGAUCAUUAUGUUACAUCAAGCACAAAAUAUAGCCACCCUGGAGCACAAUGUCAAACAUAUUUUUUAUUACUUAUGUAUAUAUUUUAUAAAAGUUAAAAAUAUACAUAAGUAUUUUUUAAUUGGUGCUUAGUUUAACUGAAACUAAAUUAUUAGUGCUAAAUAAAAUAAAUAAAAAACUAAUAAUAUUUGUAUAAUAAAAAAUGUAUACCACCUACGAUCUGGAAUUUGGCUGGCCCCAAAAUCAGUAUAAUUAUAAUCCUAAAAGUCUCUACGUUCCCAUAAAUCCCACAAAAGCGUUUGAAGCAUUAGAACAACGGGAGCAAAGAGUACAGAAAGAACCAUCCGAGAAUGACGAAAAGGACCAAGUCCAUGACUUACCAAUGCAUUUAGAAUGGAGCUCAACAUUACCAUUUGGAUAUUUAGUAGAUCGCAAACUAAUACCCAUUAAUGUAACUGACGCGGAGCAACGGCGUAUUGACGAACUUAUGGAGAGCGACGAUUUCAAUUUCUUGCCCUGUCCGCAUAAAAAGGCGGACAAAAGGAUGGAGGCUGCGGUGCGUUCUAUAUCAGCACAGACUGGUAUUGAAUACGACGAAUUGAUGAAAGAAGUUUAUGAAAAGAGAGAUCAAUGGCAUCAAACGGCCAUUGGACAAGCUUAACUGAAUAUGAGAGAAGCGUUCGAGAAGAAGCGAAACGAUAAAUUACAAGCAAAAGAGGUGGUAUUUUGAGAUAGUGGCAGAAUAAAAUGUUGUUGAUUAAGA